UCCAAAGAUGUGGAAUAACCUGAGCCUAGUUUCGCUUUACCAAUUCAUUCCAUCUUACGUCUUUAAGCCAGACUGUCGUACGCUAUAUAUUGGUCUCUCCGUUUCCAUCUCCUCUUUUGCUUAGGUAGGACUAUAGGACGCAGUCUCCGCGACUAAACCACGUCGUUAGUGUAAUAUCCCUAGGCUGUGUUAUUCUACGUGGGACUGAGAGUCUAAGACCUUUGCCAGCUUUGAGUUAUUCAUACGAGUAUAAUUUAUCUGUUCUGCCAUAACAUAUUUUUUUCUUUUCAACUGCGAGCUUCAAGGAUCCCUACUCUCAUCAUGCCUAAGAGGAAGAUGAAAGAAUCAUUAUGGGAACGAUAUAUCAAUCCGGCCUCUUAUACUGAGGAUGAUCAUAUUUAUGCCACAAGCAUUGGUUUGAAGCAUCCAAAGUUUCAUAAACUUGGUAAUAAUUUAUAUCUUGAUAUAAAUACCAAGAUUGCUGCUCUCCGAGCUUCUCCAUCUUUAGUUAGCCUCAUUACUCAUUUAGAUGGAAAAGAGUCGUUUCAAUGUUCUGGAACUAUCAUAGAAGUUGAAAAUGACAAAGGGAUUAUUAUUACUUCGGCAGAUUGUUUUCAAGUCCACUCUGAUUCCACAAUGUCUCAUCCUACAAUAAAGGUUGAGGUGUGCAUGAGCGAUGGUACGAAGCUCGAUGGAAAAGUAUUGGCAUAUGACUUUCAUUACAAUCUAGCUGCAGUAGAAGUCCACUCCGGUACUCCACUGAAAGCCGCAAAAAUGGCCCUCUUUGAUGAUGCAAUCUCAGUUGAUACAGCUCCAGUAAUUUCAACACCAAUUCUACGAGCUCAUAGUGUCCCCCCUUUAGAUUCACAUUAUACCCUUAUCCCUGGUAACACUGUAAUUGCUCUUGGUCGCUAUUUCGCGAAGCCAUAUGCCCUAAUGGCGGCUCCAGGUCAAUUUAGCAUCAAUCAAGUAGAGUUGGAGUGCCAAGAACUGUUUAGAGCAACUUGCAGCAUAACAAGAUGCGGUGCUGGCGGGCCACUUGUAAACAGCCAAGGGGAAUUUAUUGGUGUAUGCUUUUAUGACAUGUCGUGCACUCCCUUUUUGCCCAUCACUCUAACUCUCAAAUGGUGGGAGCAAUUUAAAAAAAAUGGGGAAAUCCAACGACCUUUGCUUUCGAUGGAACUUACCAACCUCUACGCUGUGAGCCUGGACAUUCUAGAAACGGUUGUCCAAAACGAUACCUUCCACGGUGUUAUGGUUGAAAAGGUUUUAGCAGGCUCUACGGCCGAUGUAGCCGGGAUUCGUCCCAAUGAUGUUAUUACUAGAUUCGCUGGAGGAAGUGUUCGGAGUAUCUUAGAGUUGGUCAGAGUGAUGUGGGAUAACAUUGGAAAGUCAGUAGAGGUGACUGUGCUACGAACCUUUGAUGGUACUCGGUUGAAUCUUAAUAUGGUCGUGGAUGUAGUCACACAGGAUGAGCUAUAUUGUUGGCCAGUUCUGGAUAAAGCAAGAUAGAAAGUUAGAUGUCGUGCUUGUUUUGGAUGACCUGAAUGAUGCGCAAGAUAGAAAGUGCAUGUUUUUGUGAGCCAGUGUCGGUGAAAGUGAGAAGUCAUGCCGUUGGCUAGUGUCAUUGGAAACAGUGAUUGUUUUGAUAAAUUGCGAGCGACUCCUAACUUUUGGUCUGCAUGGAUAUGUAACUAAUUUCAACUUCAAUCAUAUGGCUAGCUCAAGCCUAAGUUAUGCUUUCUCUCCAUAAUUGUUAUUUAUUUUUGCUUGGAGAAAGAUUUGAAUCUCAGGUUUCAUUAGUGUUUGCUUUUGAUUCUAUUUCAGAGAUUAUUUGAAAAGUGAUUAUAGUACAAAUUGAUACUUUUUCUAAUGAAAUCUGAUUUUGGACAAAU